GUGGUUGUUACCCAUCAAAUCUCUAGUUGUACCUAUCCUACAACGCGCUCAUAAUGUAUAAUAAGUUUGUGAUUUUUUUCUAGUGUUUUGGCUGCCCUGGUUGUGGCGGUUAGUGCAUAUAAUUUCGAUGAUCCUGAUUACAAUCAAAUACUAGCAGAUCAGCUCGAAGACCUGUAUACUUCCUCAGUAUCCAAUGUAAGAACACGUAGAGAUGCUUCUGACGCUGAUGAUAAAUGCCGUAAAAGGAAACACCAAAUGUGUUGCGGAGAAGAAGUUAUGGAGAAACUGCGAACCGAAAAUAAAGAUGUGAAAGAAGCGUGUUUUAAAGAAAUUACCGGCAAAGAUAAACCCGAAAAAUCUCAGCAUCAUAGAAGACCGUUCGAUCCAUUCGAUUGCGAAAAAAUGGAACAGAAAAGAAAUGAAAUGAUGUGUGUUCAUCAAUGUUUUGGCCAAAAACUUAAAUAUAUUGACGAAGAUGGUAACGUCAUACCUGAAGAAUAUACAAAAUUCCUUAAAGAAAAACUAUCCUCAGCUAAGUACCUAGAACCAGUUCAAGAUGAAAUUAUUACAGGCUGUUUGGAAGACAUACAAAACGUAAUGGAUAACAACAAAUCAACAGGAAAAUGUAAACCGUCAGGCAUAUCUUCUGAAUUCUGCCUCUUCAAACAAAUUAUACUUAAUUGUCCUGAUGAUCAAAUGAAGGAUAAGGAUGUUUGUAAAAAAAUGCAGGAAAGACUCAAACAAGGAAAGGAUUUUUUCCCACCCCCACCAAAUCAUUAGAAAAUCUUACUUUUAUAACGAAUUUUGUGUAUUCAUUUGACUCUUAAGCAUCUAAUAUUAUUGAAUUUUAUUUAAAGACUACAGAAAUACAUACAUUUCAAUAAACUUUCAUGUUAGAUA